AUAGUGUCAAUUGAACAAAAAAUAAUAUUGAUAAUGUUUGUGGUUUUGUUCAAAAUAAAUUAAAUAAAAAGAUGAAUAUAACUUUAACAAGCUUGGAAGCAUUGAUUUUAAAAGCGACACAUGAAUCCCUGCCUAAACCUGAUGCUGCGGCCGUGGAAGCGUUCUGCUCGAUCAUGCGGGACUCACCAGAUGGUCCCCAGCUAGCGGCACAAGCCCUAGCCGCUCGCGUGCACUCGCGCAACCCAAAGGAAGCCCAUCUAGCGCUAUUAAUGUUGGAUCAAUGUAUGAGACGCUGCGACGCCAGCUUUCACGCCGAAGUUGGAAAAUUCCGCUUCCUUAACGAAAUGAUAAAACUCGUAUCGCCCAAGUACUUAGCAGACCAGACUGCGCCCGGCGUCCGUAAAAUGGUAUUACAGCUUCUUCAAGCAUGGUCACAGCAGUACCCUAAAGAAACUAAAUUUAAAGUUGCCUUUGAUAUGCUCAAAAGUCAAGGAGUUAUAAAAGAACCUCUGCCUCCUUUGGUCACUGAAGACCCACCAACAGUGAAGCCGAGGAAAAGUGCUAUAUUUGAGGAUGAAGAAAAAUCUAAGCUGCUGCAAAAACUGCUUCAAAGCAAAAAGCCUGAAGAUUUACAACAUGCUAAUAGAUUAAUCAAAACUAUGGUCAGAGAAGAUGAACACCGAAUGGAAAUCAACUCUCGUAGAUCACAAGAAGUGUUAGCUGCGUUUGACAGUGCAGAACUUCUGAAGGAUUUGUUAAAGAAUGCAGCAGAUGCUUCGGCUGAUGAGGAGCAGUUGAUACAUGAGUUGUAUGAGAGCUGUGUCCGACUCAGGCCUGUGUUGCAGCAAAUAGCGUCUACUGAUGGUGUGGAAAGCCUUGGAGACAUAAUUUAUGCUAGUGAUGUAAUUGACGAAGUAGUUGAAAAAUACAAGCAAUUUGUUGCUGAGAAGAAUAAACAGAAGGACACAAAGGAUGAAGGGGAAACAAACUCUGAUAGACUUCUAGACUUUGCUGGAGCUGAUGUGCCUAGUCAACCUAAAGCUACAGCUAUUGAUGACUUAGGAGAUAUAUUUUCAAGUGAUGCAGCCACAAACAUUGCUGAACCACUGAAACCUGUCAAUUUAAUGAGUAAUGAGGAUGUAGAACUAUUAGACGACAGAAGCAAUAAAAAAGAAGGUUGGAAAGACUUAGAUAGUCUGGGACAAGAAAUGCUUAAACAGUCACUACCUGAAAAUGCUAAACGUCUCGACAAUUUUAACAAAAAGCCUAAGAAAAUACCAAUGAAUGCCAUAGAAAAAUCCAGUCCAAAACACGAAGCAACUAAUGCAACUUCCCUCUUGGACUUUGAUUUCUUCACAACUAAACCCGAAGUUAAAACCACACCUGCUCACCGUUCCAAGCCAAACGACGACGCUAUGGUCGAUAUAAGCGACCUCACGAAUGGAUCUCAAAACAACGGACACAGCCCAAUAGACAACAUACUAGAUUUGAGGGUACCUUUAGAAAACGACACCAAAAACACUCAAAAAGUAGAGAGUAAGGAAAUCGAACGGGAAAAGAAUAAAAGUGAUAUUAAAUCAUUGACGGAUAUUAAUUUGACUCUAAAUAGUGUUAAGCCGAGUAAAGUACCACCUCUUACAGUGUAUGAGGAGGCGGAAGGAGUGACUGUGGUCAUCCACUACUGCCAGAACAAACCAAGACCGGAUGUGAAUGUUCUUGUUAUUUCAACGACCAGCAAAAACACUACGCCGAUCACUGACUAUAAGUUCCAAGCUUUGCCACCAAAGGGUUGCAAAGUCCGUCUACUAGAAGCAUCUGGAAGCACGCUGCCGGCCUACAACCCGUUUCUACCACCGCCCGCCCUCACCCAGCUCCUGCUACUGGCGCAUCCGCCCGCCCAAGACAAGCUCACUCUCAAGUUCGUCAUCACAUACAAUGUUGAGGAGGAAACAGUCUCAGAAAUCGGCCAGGCCGAGUUUCACUUGCAGGACUAGUGGUAAGAGCAGUAGAAGAAAAUAUUUUACAGAUACUAUCAGAGAAAUCGAUUUAGAGCACUGACCUCCAAUAUACAAGUACCUACGCUGGACUUUUGAUAUCCUUUGAAAUGACAGCUGUUUAUUUUGCCUAUUUGAAGCGGAA